AUGCAGUUGUCUUUAAUCUUUCUGCUCCUCCAACUGUGGGGGAAUGUGGCAGUUUCUUUAUCACAAAAUGCAUGUUUGAGGCUCCCAGAUGUUCCUCAUGCCCAUGUGUCAGAAGAGACCAAAAAAUCUGAGUACCAACAACAUGAUGUGAUACAUUUUACUUGUGAACCCGGUUAUACAUCAUAUGAAACCUCCAAAUAUGUUUGCACACAUGAAGGCUGGCUGACAGUCCGGCAGGAAAUGUGCUACUCAUGUUCGGAGCUCCCAGAUGUUCCUCACGCCAGCAUUUCAGAGGAGACCAAGAAAGCUGAGUACCAAGAAGGAGACAUCAUACAUUUCACUUGUGACCCUGGUUAUAUAUCAGGUCAAACCAUCAAAUACGUAUGUACAAGCACAGGCUGGCUGGCAGUCCAUCGGGGAGCGUGCUAUUUUCCAGCUUCGAGCUGUGAUGCCCCGCCUGCAAAUGGAGGGAUAACAGUAAAAGGUUUGCCAGAAAAUGAUGAUCCCAUCGUUCCUGAUCACAUACUCACAUUUAGCUGUGAUGGUCCUGGGACAAUUCUUGUUGGUAGUUCAGUGCUGAUAUGUGGCAAAGAUGGACGGUGGGAUAAACCAUUCCCUUCUUGCAGAGUUCCUGCGGGCUGUGGAAUACCACCUCGCCUUGUAAAUGGAUUCACCAAGACCACCACUAUACAUCACUAUGAGCAUGAUGAAAGAGUUGAAUACAUGUGUAAGAACCGCUACGUCAUAGAGGGCAAGCCUUUCAAAACCUGCAACAAUGGUGAAUGGACUGGAGAGAUGAGAUGCCGCGUUCCUGCAGGCUGUGAAAGACCACCUGUCCUUGCAAAUGGAGACACCACGACCAGUGCUAAACCUCGAUAUGAGCAUAAUGAAAGAGUUGAAUACAUAUGUCAGAUAUACUACAUCAUGGAGGGCGAGCCUUACCAAACCUGCAACAAUGGUGAAUGGACUGGAGAGAUAAAAUGCCUCCAACCCUGCACUGUGGAUAGAGAACUCCUGGAAGCACAUAAUCUUGAAUUCAGACGUACAGGUGGAGAUAAAUUGUAUUCAGCCCAUGAUGAUGUAAUAGAGUUCCGGUGUGUCAGAGGAACAACACAUGACGGCAGAGUGGGAAUGCGUCAGAAGUGUAAUGAUGGUGUGAUGGACCUGCCAACUUGCCAUUAAGAGUUUUAGUCAGCUGGAAGUGUUAAACAUGAGCUGUCUGGACAAACAUGUAAAAGAUAAUCAGAGUUAAUUUUUUAAUGACAAAAUUAACAGUUGACAGUUGUGCACUGGUCCACUGUCUAUACUUCAGUUUUCAAUAUUAAUAAAACAUAUACAGUUUGUUCA